CACAGUAGGGGACCAGUGGCUUUCCGUUGCUUGGCACUCUCUGCUCGCUGACUGGUGUUGACUGAGGACCGCUCCGUCGGCGACGCUGUAGCCAUGACCAUUUGUCAGUUCUUCCUUCAAGGCCGGUGCCGCUUUGGAGACCGGUGCUGGAACGAACAUCCCGGCGCCCGGGGUGCGGGCGGGGGACGGCAACCACCACAGCAGCAGCCCGCAGGUAAUAAUAGGCGUGGAUGGAAUGCCACCAGUCAGAGAUAUUCCAGUGUCAUCCAGCCAUCCAGUUUCUCCAAAUCCACACCAUGGGGGGGCAGCAGAGAUCAAGAAAAGCCAUCUUUUGGUUCUUUUGAUUCUGAAGCUUCAACUAGCAGGAACAGGGGCUUUGGAUUUUCUGAGAACCCAUUUGCUUCACCUAACUCUGAUGAGCAGACAGAUGAAAAGAAACUUCUGGAAGGAAUUGUGAAAGAUAUGGAAGUUUGGAAAUCAUCAGGACAGUGGAUGUUUUCAGUUUAUUCACCAGUGAAAAAGAAACCUAAUAUUUCAGGUUUUACAGACAUUUCACCAGAGGAGUUGAGGCUUGAAUACCAUAACUUCUUAGCCAGCAAUAACUUACAGAGUUAUCUAAAUUCCAUCCAACAGUUAAUAAGUCAGUGGAGUAAUAGGAUAAAUGAACUGAAAAGUCUAACUUCCUCAACGAAAGUAGCUUUGCUCUCUGAUGAUGGAGUAAAUCAAGCAGCACCUACUUUUGGAUUUGGAAGUAGGCCAGCAGGAACAUUUGGAUCACCAGGUUUUCCAGUGAAUAAUAGCAGCAGUGAUAAUGCUCAGAAUUUUAGUUUUAAAACAACCCCUGGAUUUGUCACUGCCUCUUCUGGAAGCCCUUCAGUGUUCGGGAGUCCUCUAACAUUUGGUGCUGUACCCUCUGCCAGUUCAGCCACCUCUACUUCCACUCCAACUUUUGGAUUUGGGAAGCCUGAAAUUACAUCUGCUGUUUCAUUUUCAUUUAAAAGUCCUUCAGCUUCCAGUUUUGGAUCACCUGGAUUUUCAGGAUUUCCAGCUUCCUUGGCAGCGGGUCCUGUUGGAGCUCCAGUGGCCUCAGCCUUUGGAAACACCAGUUCUAUGGCUGGUUUUGGUAGUCCCAGCUCACAUUCUUACACUGCCUUUUCCAAGCCAUCUAAUGACAUCUUUGGAGAUAGCAACAUAUCCACCUCUCUCCCAUUCUCAAAUGUCAUCGUCACCACAGAUAAUGUGUUAUUCACACCCAAGGAUCAAUUAACAGUAGAAGAACUAGAACAAUUUCAGUCUAAGAAAUUUAUCCUGGGAAAAAUUCCAUUAAAGCCACCACCUGUGGAGCUUCUAAAUAUUUAAAAGGGCAAUUUUAAAUACAGAAAAGAACGGCUUUUAAAUAAGAGGUUUUUGUUUCUGUUUUUGCAGUGCUGGAUUUGAACCUGGGGCCUGUGUUUACUAAGCAAGCACUUUUCACUGUGCCAUACUCCCAGCCUUAUAAUGGCUUUUGAACUUGUCUUGAGUGGUUCACAUAAAAGAGCAUACAUACACACACACAGAAACACACACACACACAUUUUUGAGGAAUGUAAGCUUCAAUAAUACUUUAGGGAUUUUAAAGUUUGACAUAUAUCCCAAACUAUAAAUAAGUAAAUACACAACAAGCAAGGGAAUUUGAACAGUGGUGGGAGCAUGAUUAUGAACUGAAAAAAAAUAUGGUACUGAAUAAUCUCAUUCUAUUUCACUUUAUUGUCUCUUACCCUUUAAAGUUGUGUGUGUGUGUGUGCGCGCGCGUGUAUGUGUGUGCCUAGGGAUCAAACCCAAGGCUAGACCUUUUAUCUGUUCAUCCCUCCCUAGGCUUCCAAUUCCUUUUCUCUUACCCUCAGUGGGGUAAGAGAAAAGAGUUCAGAAACAAGACUAGGAUGUUCCAGCUGGAUUGACGUGGCUGCCUUCUUUACUCCAAGCUCCAUUCUUUCAAUUUUGCCUUUCCACUUUUAUCUCCUUUAACAAAGGGAUAAUUGAAAAUCUUCAAAAAGUGAGGGAAUCUUUUUAAGAAGAAUGCUUUAAAGUAUGAGAAAAAUAAUAAUUUAAUAUUUGAAGGGAAAGAAAAAGUCAUUACAGAAGAAACUCAAAAGGUCCAAAACUUCUUUAAUACUCAUGAAGGGCAAAUUAAAAAAAUGCCACAUCAUGUUCAUCCACCUGAUAAAAAGACAACAAAUAUUGGUGAAGGUGUAAUAUUGUAGAAAUUCAUGCUAUUGAUGGAAGUGUAGAUUGUUGCAAAUACUUAAAAAAGAGCAGUCUGGCAGCAUCUAAUAACGUUGAAGGUGUACAACCUCUACAGCUUAGCAGUUCUACUUCUAUGCAAGACCUUCCUCCUCAAAGUGUGGUCCUAGGACUAGCAGCAUCAACACCACAUGGGAAAUUAAUACAUAUAUGCAAAAAGCCAGGUCUCACCCCAAAUUCAAUGAAUCAGAAACUGCUCUUUCGAAAAGACUCAAGUGAUUUGUAUGCACAUGGAUAUAUGAGAAGUUUGUGUACAUAAACAAGGACAUGUAUAAAAAUGUACAUAAUAUUGUUUAUAGCAGCAAAUGAAAUGAAAGCAACAAGAAGUCCCUUCACAGAAUAGCAGAUAAACUGGUAUGAUGGUGGGCUGCAUCUGCAUAGCUCGUGACAAGUAUAAACAACCAAAAUGAGGCAGAUGAGAAUUAUAUGUGUGAUGUAGUAUUUAAAAUUGCAAGUUAUAUUGCUUAUGGAUACAACAUAGGAAUAGAAACAUGGGAAUAAUAGGCUCCAAAUUCAAAAUAGUAUUUACCUUGGUUAGAGUAAGAAAAUGAAUGGGAUCUGAGUGGUAUAGACAGGAAGCUUUAUGUGUGAUAUUUUUAAAAUGUGACUUAAAGCUUUAUAUGACUAUGGUAAAAUUUAACAGUGGAUGACAAGUACAUAGUUACAAUUGUUAUUUCCUGUACUUUUCCAUAUGCCUGAAAUAGGUCCUUAAAUGUUCAAAGAUUUUAGAAAACACAAAAGAAUGCCUUUUUUCACCCUAAAUUGUGUAUUAAGUAACUUUCUGAUUCCUAAAGUGAUCACUGUGAAUUGGCUGGUUUGUCAAAUUUUGUUGAAGUCUGUUGGAUUAAACAUGCCACCCUGAUAAACCUUGUUCAAAUACUGAAGCCCAGAAGCAGAACUGCUCUGGACAACAUUUGAGUAUAGCCAGUUAAAUUUUAGAGUACACAUUCGAGUAUUUGUGAACAAAAUGAAAAUUAUAUCUGAUGAACUGUG